CCAACCCAACUCAAAGAUUGCAAAUUUCUUAAGCAAAUUAGGCAAUAUUAUUGAGCAAAUGCCCAAAAUGCUGCUAUAUUUCAUCCUUGCCACAGUACUUGCCCAAGCUGAUUUCGGUGAUGCUGUUAAAAACAACAAAAUUUACUUUCUCCGUUCCCGCGGCGACAACGGAGAAUGGUGCUACUGCUCGAGUUGGCAAUACGGAGUCGACACCAACAACAUCAUUGGCUGGAAAACGAUUCCGGAUGAAUGUGAGCUCCAUGUAGGGCGGUACAUGCUCGGCGCGCGGUACAGGGAGGACUCAAAAGUGGUUACUAAGGAAGCUUAUCUCUAUGCCAAGAGCUAUCCCCUUUUAGGUGACGGCAAAGAUGUUUGGAUCUUUGGUACAGAUGAGGUUGCACUCUCCAACCUACCUUAUUAUCUCAAACAUGGAUUUGGGGUGAAGCCUUACGACUCCACAUCGUUUCAUGAAUGGAUUCUGACAGAAAACGCCCCGGCAUUGCCAAAGAGUCUUAAGUUGUACAAAAGGUUAUUAUCUUUGGGGUUUAAGAUUAUAUUCCUAUCAGGGAGAAGAGAAUACGAGAGAUCCGCGGUUGAGAAUACUUUAAAAAUUGCUGGAUACAGAACUUGGGAACAAGUUAUAUUCAAAGAUCCUGGUUAUUAUGGACCAGCCCGUGAUUACAAAUCAGCUGAGAGAAAGAAAUUAGAGGAAGCUGGAUAUAGAAUUGCUGGAAACAUAGGGGAUCAGUGGAGUGAUCUUUUGGGUACAAAUGCCGGCAGUAGAACCUUCAAAUUGCCUAACCCCAUGUACUACGUCAGUUGAAAGUACGCGUUAAUUAUCGAUCUGUUUUAAUUAAUAUUGUUACUAAAUCAUGUAUUGCAUACCGAUCGACAGCAAAUUAUAUUGUUACUAUAUAUUAUAAGUUCUGUGCGUCCUAAGUAUUUGUAUUACGUGUAUACGUUGUUGAUUUUCUUUUCU